AUCACUUUCCAUCUCUCUCGUUCCUCCUCUCCUCUCUCCGUCCUUCUCUUCCUUCCUCUUCGAUCUCACUCCCUCAUUCUAUCUAUCUAGCUGUUGCCCCCUUGGCUCUAUCCGCGCACACGCCUCGCUUCUGUCCGCUUCACCUUUUUCUCGGCCGCUGUCUCAGUCUACCGCGAGUCGCCUACGUCUGCUUGUAGACCUCGUAACGUGGCCGCGUGUGAUAGUGUAUCAACGAUCGUAGUUCCAUUCGCUUGAACUCGUCGUCCGGNAGCCAGCGCGCACACCGGCUUGACUUUGCCCCGCCGGUGCGUGAGAUGUCCGUUCCACGUACCUCGUACCACCUUGUGAGAAUGCGUCCAGGAAUCAAGUGAUCGCGAGUAUCGACGAGCUCGACGUCGUCGUCGUCGAGUGACGAGUGGUGACAGAGGUAAUCUGCGCGAGACCCAGGAAUACGCACGGUAUUCGUAGAAACGCGAACGAUGACGAGGCGGUGUCAGCGUGGAUUCGAGGUAUAGCGGAGAUCUCGAGGCGAUGCCAGUUUCGAGGAGGAGGCGGUGAGAAACGAUAAAGCAGCAUGAUUUUGUACGAGAAUCUGGAAGCUGGCGGACGCGUAACGAAUGAGAAAAGGGAAACGAAGUGCUGUGAGAACAUUUGAUGUAAGAGCAGCGAGGGUGUAUAAGUGGGAGCAGCACGCUUGGCCAAGUUGCCUGGAUACGGGCAGCAGCACCGUGUUGCGCUCCGGUGAAGUAGGAGGAAGCGAAGGAGGUGGAAGGUGGUGCUAAUACGCGAAAGGAUGGAGGGUGCAGUGGACAGUAGUGGGACGAAGAAGACGAUGCACGAGGCCGAACAGGCUACGAACGCAGGCUCGUGCCGCGUCCAAGAAUCGCGAUAGCAUAGCUGCCUUCUUCGGAUACGAUUGCGUAUGGUAAUCGUGGCGACAGAAACGUUGCUCAUUCACCCAACAACGCGCCCGGCUCUCUGUACUCGAGAUCCGGCAUCGAGCACGAAAGCUCGAAAGCCUCUACGAAGCCUCUCGAUUGGCAGGAAUGACCGAUACCUUUCGGCUCGAACUGAACAACUUCUUUAACUUCUUUCACGAUUCUUCCUCGAUUCUCGCUUCUCCAGUGAAUUCCCGAUGAGAAAAAUUUUAGAUUAGAGAACAGGAAAUAGUAAGAAUAGUAAGUGUCGAUGAGAAACGAGAAGUGUGUUCGUAUAAUAUAUCCCGUUCUUAUAAUCGUACUUCCUUAAAGGAAGAGUGUGAUAGUGAAAUAUCGAAUUCGUGAUUGAAUAAGGAGAAAGGAAAGGGAGGCAUUCGUAUCGAAUAUAUAUACGCCGCUUGUCACGAACACCUGUGAAUCGAGCACGGCUCGAAAACACUUAUGGAAUUCUUUUUACAUACACGGAUGCAACGGCCCUCUUUCCUCGUACAACGCGUUCGUUCGAUGCGUGCCUGAUACUACGCGAAGAGCUAAUACCGUUGCCGUGUAAUUGAUAAAUGAUAUCAAGUGACAGAAGCCGAUCGCAAUUGUAGGUGUAUAACGCGAGCAUGCUCGACGCGUGGCGAGGUUCGACACGGACCUAGAACUGCGGUGACGAUAGGAAGAGGCAGAGCAACGGCAGUAACGACAACCAUCAGAAGGUUGGCGGGUCGUGUAUACGUGAAAAGUGGGAAGUGUGUAGUGCGCGCACGAGUGGAGAAGGGACGUACAAGGGGGUGGUGGAACACGAAAGGAGUGGAGCAUUCGGUGAAUUCCGGGUGGCCGACCCUUGCGAAUAGAGGAGAGAUGUCGAGCUGGCCGAGUCUGCAAAAUUCAUUCGCCAUGGCGAACCAGACGAGAGGUCUGCCACAGAUGCGAAUAAAGCUUUGUAUGGUCAGCGCCGGUCUUCAAAUAGUCCUUUUGCUCACCGUCCUACCUCAAGAAAGCCUGUGCGGACGUCACGAGAAACGUUUGUUGAACGAGCUGUUGUCGUCAUACAACACGCUGGAGCGGCCCGUCGCCAAUGAGAGCGAGCCUCUCGAAGUGAAAUUUGGCAUCACGCUGCAGCAGAUCAUAGAUGUGGAUGAGAAGAAUCAAAUAUUAACUACGAACGCGUGGCUCAAGUUGGAAUGGGUGGACUACAACCUCCAAUGGAACGAGUCCGAGUACGGAGGUGUAAAGGACCUUCGAAUUACACCAAACAAGCUCUGGAAGCCAGACAUUCUCAUGUACAACAGUGCGGAUGAGGGUUUCGACGGGACAUACCAAACAAACGUGGUAGUCACGCAUAACGGCAGUUGCCUGUACGUUCCUCCGGGCAUCUUCAAGAGCACUUGCAAGAUAGACAUCACUUGGUUCCCCUUUGACGACCAACACUGUGACAUGAAGUUCGGAUCCUGGACCUACGACGGCAACCAGGUCGACCUCGUGCUCAGCUCGGAGACGGGCGGUGACCUGUCCGACUUUAUCACGAAUGGAGAAUGGUACCUGAUCGGAAUGCCGGGCAAAAAGAACACGAUAACGUACCAAUGCUGUCCGGAGCCUUACGUCGACGUCACAUUCACCAUACAGAUCCGUAGAAGGACCCUAUACUAUUUUUUCAACCUGAUCGUGCCGUGCGUGCUGAUAUCGAGCAUGGCCCUCCUGGGAUUCACCCUUCCGCCAGAUUCCGGGGAGAAGCUCACCUUAGGAGUGACCAUUCUACUGUCGCUGACAGUAUUCCUGAACCUCGUUGCAGAAAGCAUGCCGACCACCUCGGACGCUGUCCCUCUAAUAGGGUCGUACUUCAAUUGCAUCAUGUUCAUGGUGGCGAGCAGCGUCGUUCUGACAGUGUUGGUGCUGAACUUUCAUCACAGAACGCCCGACAGAUACGUGAUGCCAUCGUGGAUUAAAAUGCUGUUUUUACAAUGGUUGCCGUGCUUGCUGCGCAUGAGUCGUCCAGGAAAGAAGAUCACGAAGAAGACCAUUCUUGGAGGCAACAGAAGGGCAAAGGGCAUGGAAUUGCAGGAGAAGAGUAGCAAGAGUUUGCUAGCAAAUGUAUUAGAUAUCGACGACGACAUUCGUCACAAGAAUAGUGCGGCAAAUCCUCCUUCCGGUUAUAUAAGGUCGGCGUUCGGUACACCGAUAUCUACCGGAAGACCAGCAACGGUCGAAGAUACGUCCGCAUCGUUACCUCUUAGUGGGAUGCAGGAGGAAUUGCACACGAUUCUUAAGGAAUUACGAUUCAUCACGGAUCGUAUGAAAAAGGCGGAUGAAAGCGACGAGAUCAUUAGCGACUGGAAAUUCGCCGCUAUGGUGGUGGACAGGCUUUGCUUGAUCGUUUUCACGUUGUUCACGGUUUUGGCCACGAUAGUGAUAUUGUGUCGUGCGCCACACAUAAUCGUCCAAUAAAUAGACUGCCCCGGUCAAGUCACCGAAAAAAUGCACAAAAAUUGCCAAAGAAACGACGAUACGUGAGUUUCGAGGAGGCUGCCACGGAAGAGCGAUCAAGUAACGAGAGAGCAC